UUAAGAACAGGAUUCUGUUUUUUUUUUUUUUUUCGUGCGACGUGACCGGGUGGGUGUGAGUUUGUUCACGCUUUCCUAUUGUUCGGAUGAAGAAUGGCUUGUGGUUUUGGGCAUGUGCGCGCGUGUUUGCAUACAUGUGUGGGCGUGUCCCCUAUAACCUGGGGUAGCCUCGGAAGAAGAAAAGGCUUGUGGUAGUGUGCGCAUAUGCCCCAAAUAACCCCGGGUAGCUUAGUCAGUCCCCUAACGUUGCGAGAGGAGCGUCAUGGAGGAAGUCUUCGCCGUCAUGAACUUACAACAACAACAACAGCCCCACGCUGCCGCUGCAACUCUUCAUGCUGACGAUGUUGACGAUCAGAUAAUGGGUCAAGCCGCAUUAGAAGUUGAAGCCAUGGAUAACACAUCCCAAGCUGAAGCCGUGGAUAACACAUCACAUCCCAGAAACGGAGCGGAUGUUGGUGGUGGUGAGGUGGGGGAUGUUCCAGAAACUCCCAAGUCUACCGGUGAACACAUCACGGGCGAGUCAUUGGGCAACAACAACCGCGGCGCGUUGGGAGGUGUCGGUAAAAUGGGGCGGCGUGUGCUGAGGGAAGGAUGUGAUACCUCCAUUACCAGUGUCUCAUCUGAAGAACGACCCACCGGACAGCGUAACGCAUAUCCACGGCAACAACAACAGACACGCUUCGGUGAUGGUGUGUCUUGACUCUCCGUCGGGCGCUGAAUCGCGAGAGCGGCGGCGAAGUCGUCUGCAGCAAAAAGAUCAUGAAAUGCGUCAAUCACGACUGGAAAAAAAAAUGCAGCAUAUGGCGGAAGUGUUGCGGCCGCGCCCACUUCUGACUUGACAUACCCCGCUUGACCUUUCUUGGAAGUGUCAUAGGCGGGGUGGGUGGUGGGGAAGUUACUAAAAUCCAUUAUGGAUUUUAUGAGUGGAAGCGAAUAAAAUUCACUAAUGUCUUGGAAGUUAGAGAUGCAUAUGGUGGCCGAAUCUGUGAGAGUCCUAUAUUUAGUGCUUAACAAUC